AUGACAACAAAUACGAAUUUUUAUCAAGAAUCACAACAGAGCAGACAUAGAACACCAUUGUUACGUGGUACUGAUGAGAGAUUAGCCGUACAAGAUGAAACGCCAUCAGAUCGAUCACGUUCACCAUCUACUCAUUGUCACGUGCCUGAGGAUAAAUUUGAUUAUGCAUCAAGAAAUCGUUUGAUUAUUGUUCUUAUUAUUUGUGUUAUUUUCAUGAUUAUUGAAAUAGUUGGAGGUGUUCUUUCAAAUUCAACAGCUGUUGUAACUGAUGCUGCUCAUAUGACGAUUGAUGUUGCAAGUUUCCUAAUAUCAUUAACAGCCAUGUAUCUUGCACGAAAACGACCAACACGAAAGCUUUCAUUUGGUUACAUUCGAGCAGAAGUACUUGGAGCUUUGUUGAGUGUCUUGACUAUCUGGUUAGUCACUGGCAUCCUUGUUUAUAUGGCCAUCGAACGGUGUAUCAAUCAGUCAUUUAAAGUCAAUUCUUUAGAAAUGAUUAUCGUCGCAUCCUGUGGUGUCUUUUUCAAUAUCGUAAUGUUUUUCACUUUGCAUGCUAAUGCAUGUGGUAAAUCUCUACCGCACCAUGGACAUUCACAUGAUCAUAAUCAUGGCCAUUCGCACGGCGAAAGUCCUGAUAGUAAUAGUACGAUUAUCAAUACUGAACCGUUAGUAGGUGAAAUCAUCGUUGGAUCACCUGGAGAUCAUGCAAUUAACCCGAAAAAAUCACAAAAAAAUAUCAAUGUUCGAGCUGCAAUUAUUCACGUUAUUGGAGAUUUUGUUCAAAGUGUUGGCGUUCUCUGUGCGGCAAUACUGAUUCAUUUUAAGCCAGACUACAAACUCGCUGACCCUAUCUGUACGUUUGUUUUCUCCGUUCUGGUUCUCAUUACGACUAUUACUAUCAUGCGUGAUAUCAUUCUUGUACUAAUGGAAGGUGUACCAUCGAAUGUAAACUAUUCUCAAGUAGUUGAAGAUCUUCUUCGAUUGCCUGGCGUGCGAAAUGCGCAUAGUUUACAUAUAUGGUCAUUGUCCUUACAACGAACCGCUCUUUCUGUCCAUAUUGCAAUCGAUUCGGAUCGAGAUUAUUUGACAGUACUGAGUCAAGCUCAAGACAUGCUUCGUCGUGAACAUUCGAUAUCUCGGAUGACAAUUCAAGUGGAGCCGUAUGAUGAGUUUAUAAUGAAUAUGUGUGAAAAUUGUCGUCGACCAGGCAGUUGA